UUUUCCCAUGGAUCCGUGCGUGCUGGGAACGUACGGAUAACGACGAUUGACGUUGACCGAAAAGGAGACGUGUAGGCAAGACGGCAGUCGGUGGGUGACAGGGACGAGCGGAUGCAUAAUGGCUGUGAUUCCCUACUGGCUGUUGCUCCUGUCCAUGUCAGUGGGAACGUGGUCAGUGCCCAUUGACCAUAACAAAAAGCCUCCAGGAACUGAGCCCCCUCAAGAAGACAAGCAAGAUGACAAUAUGGACACAGGACUGUACUAUGAUAGAUAUCUUAGAGAAGUGAUUGAAGUAUUGGAGACAGACCCACAUUUCAGGGAAAAGCUACAGACUGCUAACACAGAGGACAUCAAAAGCGGACGCUUAAGUAAGGAGCUGGACUUGGUGGGGCACCAUGUACGGACACGUCUGGAUGAACUGAAGAGGCAGGAAGUGUCAAGGCUCAGGAUGCUGCUUAAGGCCAAGCUGGACAGCUCAAAUGCACAUGAUAUACAGGUAGACCAUGCAUCUCUGCUGAAGCAGUUUGAACAUCUGGAUCCCCAAAACCAGCACACCUUUGAGGCCAAGGACUUGGAGCUUCUCAUCUCCACGGCGACCAAGGACCUGGAGAGCUACGACAAGGAGCGGCAUGAGGAGUUCAAGCGCUACGAGAUGCUGAAGGAGCACGAGCGACGGGAGUACCUGAAGGGGCUCGACCAGGAGAAGCGGGAGGAGGAGGAGAAGAGGCUGGAGGAGCUGAAGGAGAAACACAGACAGCAUCCCAAAGUCAACUCGCCGGGCAGUGCGAAACAGUUCCGGGAAGUGUGGGAGGAAACGGAUGGCCUCGACCCUCAGGAGUUCAACCCCAAAACUUUCUUCAAACUACAUGAUACCAAUGAGGAUGGGGUUCUGGACGAACAGGAGCUUGAAGCUCUGUUUACCAGAGAGCUGGAGAAGGUGUAUGACCCACGGAACGAAGAGGACGAUAUGAUGGAGAUGGAGGAAGAGAGGCUGAGAAUGAGGGAACACGUCAUGAAGAAUGUGGACACCAAUCAUGACAGACUGAUCAGCCUGGAAGAGUUCCUUAAAUCCACAGAUAAGAAAGAGUUUAAUAACUCUCAGGAAUGGGAGACCCUAGAUGACAGGAAACCGGUAUACUCUGAAGCAGAGCUCCAGCAGUUUGAGGUGGAGCUCCGGGAUAAGGAGAUUGAGCUAGGCAGACGGGCGGCAUCGCUACAGCACGAGGAGGAGCUGCUCAGAGAGAGGGGCAAGGCCUUAGAGGCACAGAAGAAAGAGUAUCAGCAGGCACUAUUGGAGCUAUCUCAGAAGCAAAAGGACCCUCAGGCAGUAGUGGGGCAGCCACCUGCUGGUCCAAAAGAUGACCUGGAGUUUCAUGAAGAGGUGAAGAAUGCAGAAGAAGAUGCAAAGGUGCCUGUUUCUCAGGAGGAAGGCAGGGAGGCUCAGAACAGCCUCCCAGUAGAACAUGUGCAGAGUCAGUUCUCACAGGGCCCCUAACGUCACCACAGUGCUACACCUGCUUGGGUGGUGUGCUGCCAAUUUGUCUGUCUGUCUGUGUCUGUCUGUCCAUUCAGGCCAUACUUGUUGAUGUUAACAUUUCAUUUUAACAUUGUAAUUAGUGUUCCGUUUGUUACCAACAGUAUGGCAACUCAAAUUUUUUUUUUUUUGGAGAUAAGUAUUUUGGAGGUAAAUAUUUUAAUGUUGCUAUUUGUAGAUAAUCUAAGUACAUCUCUUAAACUUUUAAAAAUAAUUUCAAGAUAUCUAAACGGAUUUUAAUUUAAAUCUAAACAGAUAUUUUGAUUACGAUACGAUAGAUAAAAUCAUUCCAGGUCUGUUUAUGGCCAUAUUAUAAAGAUAUCUUAAAACCAUUUUUAAGCUUAAUGUAUGUGGAAUCAAUUCUCUAAAGGACUCUUUAAAUUUACAUAAAUAUUGUGUGGCUGAAUUACAUUAUUUCUAUAACAUUUAUUUUGGCUUAGCUUCUUUCUCUGAAAGUUUUGCCAUAGCUGUAUUUUCUAGAUGUAUUGCAAAGGCAGUGUUCAUUUUAAUUGGUGGUACUCCACUUGCAUAGAAAAUGCCUGCCAUAUCGAUUUCUUUCAGCAUCAGGCCAUAUUGUCAUAUAUGUGACCCAUCGCCACGAAAUGGGUGUAUUUCUACCAGUGCGACUUAAGACUCAUUUCGUGAUGAUGGGUCACAUAUGUGCAUUUGUAUCCAAGGUUCUCAAACUACCGUUUUCUGUUUCCUCUUUCCACCUUAAACAAUACUAAAGUGUUUGUAUCUUGCUGCCAUUUUAGAUAUGGGGGGGGGGGAAUUUGCAAACUGUUUGGGAUAUGAACCUAUGACCUUCAUGCCCCUAACAAUGCAUCGUCCGUGUUGCGACUGUGGUCCACUUUUCACUUUAUAAUUUCUAUUCACAGAUUCACAAUUUGUAUGAGUAGCUUACUGUUACUGCCUCUUCCACUGUGUCGUUUUGUUUAUGGUUUGUUAAUGGUGUGUAUCUCUGUUAUCGUGUUACCUAAAUGAGCGCUUAUAUGUGUGAGAAAGCAGGUCGGCUUUUGGAACAGAUGCACUGGCACAUGCUUUGAAGUCAUGUCAGCAAUGUGCUGUGUUGCUUAUAUUGUGUGUAAUUAUAGAUUGGCUUCUGUUUCAUGGUCAGACUUACCUUUUAUCUUACAUCAUGAGUGCUUUCUGCCCCAAAUGACAGUUCAGUCAGCAUUUUUUAAUUGUUCUCCAUCAGACUGCUGUCUUGCGAACCACUAAGAGUUUUCUAUAUACUCUAUGAACACACAAUUCAUACUUCUUAAUGAAGAGUUUCUCCCUCUGAUAUCAUCAGGAUAAAUUUCUAUUCCCCAUUUGACUUGUAAGUCUUUAAGGGAAACGUAUGUGGUCUACAAAUAAUUUUCUGGACUUUUUGUUACCUGUGUGCAGUCCUGUUUUUUUUUUUUUUUUAUACAGAAUUGUCAUUUUAUGUCAUAUCAGUGUUGGGGGUGAGGAUUAACCACAUUUCUAUAGGAUCAUUUCUUUAGGGCAAGAAAUGAAAUUCAGCACUCUACUGUGUACUGUACUGAAGAAGACGAUCAAAUAAAAUGACAGAAUUUUGGUGCA